AUUAUAAGAUUGACAACAACCAAAAGAGAGUUUGUGAUCAAUCUUAGCAAAGAUCUCUAAUAACCAACGUUGUCUAGCUGGGUAGCUAAUCAUGGAAUAUGACCAAGUAUGCUUUUUCACAGCUUUGAUAAUGGGCAGUGUCUCCAUAGUCUAUACUUUGCUAAGGAGAACAAACGAGUGGAUAUACGUGAGCCCUUUGGGUGCACUGCAAAAAACACUACCCCCUGGUGACUUGGGCUUCCCUUUGAUUGGCAAUAUGUUUUCUUUCUUCAGAGCUUUCAAGUUUGGUAAUCCUGAUUCAUUCAUCUCCUCCUUCACUACCAGAUUUGGGCAGGCGCCAAUGUACCGGACACUACUGUUUGGAAAGCCAAGCAUAAUUGUUACAACAGCUGAAGCAUGCAGAAAAGUUUUGACAGAUGAGCGUUUUGGACCCGGUUGGCCUAGAUCAGUCUCAGAUUUGGUAGGAAAGAGAGGACUCCACGGCGUAUCGAAUCAAGAACAUAAGCGUCUCCGGCAGCUAAUAGCAGCUCCAGUUGCCGGUCAGGAAGCAUUAUCACUGUUUAUUGGCUAUAUUGAGGAUAUCGCUAGAACUACGUUUGAUACAUGGGCAAGUAAGGAUGAACCAAUUCAGUUGUUAACUGAGAUGAGGAAAACUGCUUUCAAGGUGAUGAUGAACAUUAUUAUGGGUAACGAAAUUAAUGAUGAAAAAUCAUUGGAUCACAUGGAACAUGAAUAUACUGUACUGUCUAAUGGACUCAAGUCAAUGGCCGUAAACCUCCCCGGUUUUGCGUACCACCGGGCACUCAAGGCGAGGAAGAGCUUAGUGAAGACAUUUGCGGCGAUUGUGUGCAAAAGGAGGAUGCUGUCCAAAAGUAAUGUUGAAUCAAGGACUAAAAAGGACUUGUUAACUUUGAUGAUGGUAAUCCAAGACGAUGCAGGAAACAAAUUGAACGACGAGCAGAUUGUGGAUUUGGUAAUCAUAUUCUUGUUAGCUGGGCAUGAAUCUUCUGGUCAUGCUGUAACAUGGGCCAUUAUACUCCUUCACGAGCAUCCUCAGACCUUACAGAAGGCUGUGGAGGAACAAGAGGACAUUGUGAAGAGAAGAGCGUUUUCAGAUACAGGGCUAAACUUCAGGGAAAUUAGACAAAUGAAGUAUCUUCAGACGGUAAUUGAUGAAACACUGCGAGUAGUAAACCUCUCAUUUGCACUCUUUCGAGAAGCAAAAAGUGAUGUAGACAUAAACGGUUAUACGAUACCCAAAGGAUGGAGAGUUUUACCAUGGAUCAGGAACGUUCAUUUUGAUCCUGAAAACUACAAGAGCCCAAAAGAUUUCAACCCCUCAAGAUGGGAAGUACGUGAAAGCUUUAGUUUGGAUCCCACAAUCAAAAUAGGGACUCUGGUUCCCUUUGGAGCUGGUAGUCGGUUGUGCCCCGGUGCAGAUUUGGCCAAGCUUGAAAUUUCUGUCUUUUUGCACUAUUUCCUUCUAAACUACAGGCUUGAACGCAUUAAUCCAGGAAGCAGGGUGCAAUAUCUACCAAUUACUAGGCCGGCUGACAAGUGCCUGGCUAGAAUCAAGAAGUUGACAAAGUCAUAUGCAUGAAUUAGUAGUACCAAAGAUGUUGACCAGCUACCGGCUUGUGAUAGUGAUAUAUAAAUAUCUGUAUCUAGAUAUAUAUAAAUUGAAAAUAUGCUUCUUUUCAUUUUUGGUGAUUGUAUAUUCAAAGAAUCCAUAUUGGUCUGUAAAUGGUUCUGUGUAUGCUGUCAAAAUUUAAGACCCAUGUGGUGUGUAUUUAUCAGGUAAAACAACAAAAGCAAAAGAGGGUGUUUUUUUCAAUU